AGCGUUGUGGUAGAAAAGCAGAAGAAAUAGCGAAAGUGUUUGUUUACAUUAACUUAUUUAAAAUAGUCAGAUACAAAAGUUUAUUUAAUGCAUUCAAAAUGGUGAUUUGUGGCACGCUCCUCAUGCGCAACAACUAUAAAGAGUUCUUUUUGAGCUGUUCGCACUGCCAGAACGAUUGCGACGUGGAAGUAAAUCUUGAAAGGUGGCAGGAAUUCGUCCUGCACAUUAGAAAUGCGCACAAUCUGGGAUUCGAUCAUGACAAUAUGUCCUGCGGUAGCAGCAUCGAAUUCAAAACGGAGCUAACAAAUGAUAAAAAUAGUGAUGCCGAAACUAAUAAUGACGAUGAUGAUGAUGACGAUAAUAAGGAUUGCUUAGCCGAAGCAGCAUUUGUUGAUUUGCCGAGCGUGCCAAGUGACGAAGAUGACGAUUACGAUGACAGCGACAGCAAUAGCGAAUACGACAAUAAUGAUGAUGAUGAUGAUGAUGAGAUAAUAGAGAAAUGCCCAAUAAUGGCAGUGACCUGCCAAAUGGAUGAUAUUACACCAACUAAAGGAGACGGUGCAAAAAAUAACUUUACGGCAACAGCAAAAUUUAAUCCCACAUUUUACCGGCGCAAUCCUCGAAUCACACAAUUCAUUGAGCUGUACAAGAAACAUCCCUGCCUCUGGGAUCCCAAUAACUCUUCGUACAAAAACAAGGAAAAACGCAGUGCUGCAUACGUGACAUUAAUUGAUCAGCUGAAAAGCAGUAUAAAUGUUCAUCUUACCCAUUAUAAGCUAAAGAAAUGCAUAGGCAGUCUUCAUAGUCAAUACGCGGUUAUAACCCGUCAAAAGCGUACCAAGAAAUUGACAAAAUUACCCUUGUAUUAUCACGAAAUGUAUAGUUUCCUAGGAAAACGCUGUGAUGUCGAUGAUGCGGAAAGUGAUGAGGAGAGCGGAGAUAAUAAAAUUAAGUUGACUUUUCUGGAAACGAACCACCUGACAACGUAUUUCAUUGAGCUAUAUUCCAAAUUUCCUCAAUUAUAUGAUUCAACGCACAAGGAUUUCUCAAAUAUCAGUGCACGCAAAGCGGCCUACAUUGAAAUGACUGAUCUGCUGACCAAAGAAAUUCCUCUGGGCAUCAUUACCCACUAUGAUGUGUAUGACAGUGUGCUCCAUUUGCGACAAUGGUAUUCCAGAAAAAUCAAAGGUCUAACAGAGACUCAGACGAUCGGAUUGUUGAAGGCAGAAAAGCGUUAUAUUGAGACAUGCAAGAAUUUCCUGAGAACGAAAACAUUCCGUCAGAAAAUUCCAUGCAAUGUCUGUCAGAAUAGUUUCAGCACGGAUCACGCUCUGCAGGCGCAUCAGUUUCGGGCACAUAAGAUCGCUGAUGGUGGUUGGUUUAAGUGUGCUCUCUGCGAGAAUCAUUUCGAGCGACGCUGCCAUUUACAACAACACAAUCAACGUGUCCACAUGGGCAAGACCUUCAACUGUAGCCUGUGUGAGCGUAGUUUCUCAUUCUCCAGCCAAUUGAGCGGUCAUAUGCGCACUCACGAUGAAACGCACAUAGCGAAACCAUUUGUGUGCGAGUUCUGUGGCAAAUCCUUUAAGCAAAAGAUCCAAAUGAGCAACCAUGUCACCGCUGUACAUACGAAAAUACGAGCAUUCAAGUGUACGAUGUGCCCAAAGGAUUUUCUAACCAAACGAGAUCUCAAGGAUCAUAUUAAGGCGCACCUUAAUAUUCGCGAUAAGGUAUGCGAAAUCUGUCAAAAGUCUUUUACAAACGCAAAUGCACUAGUCAAGCAUCGUCACAUACAUCGGGAGAAGACGUUAAAGUGCACUCUUUGCAACACCAAGUUCUCCGAGCGCGUUAGUCUGGGUGUUCAUAUGAAACGUACGCAUAAAAUCAUUCGAAACAAUUCAAAAGUAGCGGAGGCAACAGAAACUGUAUUAAACUCACAAACAUUCCCGAAAGCCGUAGAUAUUUUGAACAAAUAAAGCGACUCUUGAAAACUCCA